GAUCAAUGGAAAGAGCCGAAGACGGCGGCUCUGUCAUGUGAUCAGCUGUGUCCAAUCACAGCUGAUCGCAUGGGACAUGUACACUGAUCAUCAGGGCAGCCCCAUCAGUGCCACCUGUUAGUAUCCAUCAGUGCCACCUGCCAGUGACCAUCAGUGCCAAAUCAAUGCCACAUAUCAGUGCCUACCAGUGCACAUCAAUGCCACAUCAGUGCCCAUCUGAUCUGCCUUUCAGUGCUUCCAGACAGUGCCGCCUAUCAGUGCCAGUCAUUGCCGCCUAUGAGUGCUGCCUUUCAGUGCCCAUCAGUGAUGCCUGUCAUAGCCCAUCAGUGCCACCUGUCAGUGCA